AACAAUUAGAAUAAUCAAAUGGGAUAUUUGAGACGGGCAUUGGUUGCGUGCGCCGAAGAUGAGUCACAAAUAUCGAUGGUUUCUCAUGCUGCUUUCCUGUAACCUAGUCAGUUUUGGAGCACCGUUACCUACCAGGCAGGCUACGCCCGCCCAGGUGACGGAUGUGUUGGAUAUCUCCAUGACUGGCGAGGGAAAGAUGAUGUUCUUUGACGUAAUCAAUAACAGCAAAAAAAGUUCAGGAAAUACGCAUAUACAAAGGUCACCAUCAGCUCACUCAUCUCUUCUCGGUGCCACUCGCACCACUUCAUCAGAUCCACCAUUACCCAUAGAAGAUGAGCCAUCGUUAGAAGAAAUAAGGAGUUGGAGAAAACACAAUGGGCUAUUGAGUACCAUGUUGCGUAUAUUUGGACCUUGGGUGCAUACGUCAAUGAAGGAGCCUUUAUGGAAGAACGAUAUGGAUGAGGAUAAUCAGCGGAUAGGACCGAUUAGAAUGGGGCGGCCAAAAGAAGUGCUGGUGCUGGGGGAAGACCACUUUGGGCGUAGAAUAGUGAAGAGAGGAACCGAGGUCUUCAUAGAGGAGCCAGUGUUCAAUGGGCGACAAUGGGAAGGUGCAGAAGAGAUGGACGACGAAACGGACGAGCCAUAUCUCUUGGGGCUUGUAUAACCAGCUGUAUCAACGAAGUUGUAUUUACUCUGUGGUGAUGAAGGGCACCUGAUACAUAUGAGUCAUUAGAAAAUCUGGUUCCGGC